AUGACAAACUCCGUUUCUGGCCUCAGAGUCUUCACAAAAGCAAUCCUGGACGCAAAGCCGUGGCGAAAGGAUCCCCUUGCCAUCCGGAAGGAAUGGAGCUGGAAGGAAUAUGCGCUCUCGGAUCACGGUGAAGGGGGCACAUUAUGUUUUGCAAUAAUGUGGGAUAACGGCGUCGUGAAGCCGCAUCCUCCCCUGACCCGCGCAAUGCAGAUGACAAAACGGGCUCUCGAGGCCGCGGGCCAUAAAGGUGAUCAUCAUCAGCCAAUUGACGCUACGGUGCCCGGUCGAAAUGCUGACUGCGAUCCCUUCUUUACGUUAGUGAUUGACUGGGAGCCUCACCGUCACCUGGAUAUUUACAGGAAUGCGGAGGGCAUCUUUGCCGCGGAUGAUGGGCACGACUACCUCACCGCGUGUGCCCUGUCCGGAGAACCGCUCAUGCAAACCAUGAGUCCCACAACCGACGCACAUGAAUAUGCACUGGACGAGCCUUUCGCACGAACCAUCGUGGGAGAACGGCGGCACCUGAGUGCAUUCGAGCUCUGGCAAUUUCACCAAGAGAAGCGCGCGCUCAGAAAGUCGCAUCUAGACUACUGGGAGGCCACCGUGUCGAGGACAGGCACCGGUCGCCCGGUCGAUGCAAUCAUUAGCCCCGCGGCGGCCUAUACAGCGUGCCCUCACGGCUGCAACUCAGACGCUUUUUACACAACGUUGUGCAAUGCUCUCGACUAUACCUCCUCUGUCUUCCCAGUUACAUUCGCAGAUGCGGAGCUAGACAAAGCCCAACCGCCGCACCAGUUCCGAAAUCAUGAAGAUGAGGCUAUCUAUAAGUUGUACGAUGCCCAGUUGUUCCACGGUUUACCGGUUGGACUUCAGCUGAUCGGGCGGACCCUCGAGGAAGAGGCGGUUAUAGCGAUGACUGAUAUUGUUGAUCGUGCGUUGAAACCCAUGAGACAAUAG